CGAUUCUGUGUGUUUUCCCAGACAUUUCCCAGGCCGACGCACUCCUGAGAAUAUAUGUACUGUACAGUACAUCUACUUGAGUGGGCAUCAGCACCUGCCCUUUGCAGGUUUGUGCUUUAUAGGCCUUUCGUACUGUAGUGAACGAUAGGUCAAUGUGCAUGUGACAAUGGACUCGGAUCUUUUCGACCCGGAAGAAUUUGAAGCCUCCGCUGCGUCCCAGAAUACUAUAGACGACUAUAGCCUGCAUGGUGCUGCACAAUACGAUGAGUUAAAGCAAGGUGCGAAGAUGGUCCGCGACGUUAUCUCGGGCGACUUUAACUCCGGCGCCGGCAAGCAAACAGAAACCGGCGUUUCGUCCUUGAUCAUCAAUCGACCGCCGGUAGUCGCUACUGUCGUGAAACUGCUUGCCUCGGAAACGGCCCUCUCUCUCCCCCAGACUCCGAAAGUCCGUGCAGACGAAAAUGGUAGAAGUCCAAAGCGUCGUAAACUGCACCGGGAUACCUCUUCGGACUCGCGAAGAAAAGUGGAUGAGAAGGAUGGAGUGGACAGCGGGGACGAGAAGAUCGGGCAUGAGCCAAGACCUACGAGCCAAAGCACUUUGAGAAGUGCCCUUCCAAUCGAUGCUCCGAAGCCGAAGCCAUCGAAACGAAAUCCGUUAUACCCCUCGUGGCCUAAUGAAAACUGCCAUACCGGUGCAGGUACUCAAGAGUUCAUUAAAGGAGGCAUUCGGCUCCGAAAGGGAUUUUCGUUCAAACGCGUAUCGUUUGAUAAAAGCUGCUCACCGCCCACCUUCGUGAAUGUCAAGAAAUGGUUAAUACCGACGGAAGGGAAGCUUCCAGCUCCCAAGGUCAUCGAGAACACGGAGGCACACACAUCCGCAACUUUGGACAUUUUUCCGAUGACUCCGUCUUCCCUCUUCGAGUACCUGCAGCAAUUGUACGAUUCACCAACAUUACAGUGUGCCCCUUGCAAGUCUCUAUACGACUGCAUCCCGAGCUGGCAACCGCAAAGUCAACCCUCUUCGGACUUCCUUGAUACUGGUUCGACCACCUCCUUUUUUCCGAAUCCUGGCUCCGGCUCUGACCCAACAGUCACUCUGGCAAUGUGGUUAGAUGAGUGGAAAACAGCGAAGGGGUGUGAUCGAGAUUCGCGGGAACAGAGCAAACAGCGUUCAAUCAAGAGGCAUCGUUCGGAUUCCACAGGCCGUGACUUCGCUUCCUCUGAUGAGGAGUACUACGAUUCAGACAGCGAUGGAGGUGGACAGCCAACCUCACCGGAGCACUUGAUGCUGAUUGGCCCACCCGGGGUAGGUAAAACAUCGUUAGUCUACGCCAUAGCGGGCGAAAAAGAUUUCGACAUUAUCGAGAUCAACGCGGGACAGCGACGGAAUGGAAAAGACAUUCUCAUCGCUGUCGGAGAAGCCGUUAACAAUCAGAACAUUGAACAGCUUGGGAAGGUGGCGGAGGGGAUAAACAUCCAGCGCAUGUUCGCAGCAAUCAGUGAUGCACCACCACCUACCUCCAAGCGGAAAGGAAAGGAUGCAGCAGCCAAAGGGGCAGGCGCCAAACGUACCGGCCGAACUAAAGCACGGGCAACUGGCAAAUCGCGGAAGCGGAAAUCUCGCCAACAGGCCGGCGCAGUUGAGAAUUCAGGGCGUAAUCUCCGUAGCUUCUUCACGCCAAAGAAUUGUGAGGGAGCGGAGACCGAGUCUGAAGAGCCCGUUUCAUUAGAAAGUGCCAGCGAGGACGUGGACAUUGAUGUAGAAGGCCUUGGCGACACCUCGAGAGGUCUUCCGCCAGCGAUUGACGCCGCCAGCGAUCUUCCUUCGCCUCCAUCGACCAAAGGAACACUAAGAAAGAGGCUCGUCCUCCUCGACGAGGUGGAUGCUCUAUGCGAAGCUGAUCGUGGUUUUUGGGGGAGUGUGCUUACAUUGCUUCAUAAAAGCAAAUGUCCUAUCAUAUUCACCUGUAACUCGAACCCAUUGACUCCAAGUAAUCAAAUGAUUCCCAAUGGCAUAUUGUCGGGGCUCGUCAAUCUGAUUCGGCUGGUCCAAAUACAAUGGCCAAGCACAAAACAAGUCGCGUGCUAUCUACACCUAAAAUGCUUGGCAAGCGGAUACUGGUUGACUGACACGAAGCCUCUCGCGCUCAUCGCCCAAGCAUAUCGCGGAGACGUGAGGAAGUGUUUGACCCAUUUGGCACUAUAUACGAGAAGCUUGUCGGGCGAGGAAGGCAAGCCGGAUGCAGCCUCCGCCGAAUCCACCUCAGAAACUCUCCGUGGUUUCAAGGUCAUUUCUCUCGGGGUUCCUUUCAUAGGAGGAUGUCAUCGGAACACCGUGGGCCAACUUGCGAGUUUGCCUCUUCCUCAAACGAACGGAAUAUCCCGCAUGCCUACCAAAGCACACCUUCCUGCUGGGGCUCUUUUGGAGUUACUCACGCCAUAUAUCAAGGAGGCCGAUGCACUGGCGCUUUACGACAUUCUCGCCAAUAGUAGGGUCAAGAGCUUCAAUGGUUUACUGGUGGGUCUUUGCGGCGUUUCACCGGGAACACGCCAAAACUGCGUGCGUUUUGCUGAACUCAACUUCAGCACGCAGAACCUGAAGUAACUGGCCAAACCCAAGAUACAGAUGCUGAUGCAUUUUUUGGAAGCUGUCCCAUCAUAACGUCCUGGCCAUCUGGGAAUAGCUGGCAGGAUGCUGAAGGCAUUGACUCGUACGCAGAUUUCUUCGCGCACUC